AUCUCAGAUAAUGCAUGAAAUGUUUUUAUUUUCCUGGACAACUACUGUUCAUCCUGCUAAACCCACCUGGGUAUCUUCUCCAAAAAGUUUUCCCUAGCUUCCUUGCAGCACACCUAAUUACUCCCUCCUCUGGGUGCCCAGUUCCCAGGGUUAUCUCACAUGUAGUGUGUCUCUUCCCCAUCCCCCUCCCCCAGACCAGGGUGUCCUUGAGGGCAGGCACUGCAUCUGAGUCAGGAAAAGUCCAUGUUGAACAAAAAAAUGGAAAGGACCAACCCCUCCCCCGCCUGCCACACACACACAGCCACACACAUAGCUCAGAGCCCUGGGAACAGGAAGGAAUGGUAUGAGGUAGUCAUAGACCAGACAAAAUUAUAGUAGUUGCAGCAUAUGGAGUUAAGUAGAGUAGGCCCUUGGCUAUGCACCACUCCCCACCCACCUCCACCAGCUGGUCCUGGAGGCUACCGGGAUCAUUAGCCUCAGCAUACCUAUUGCCCAUUCACAGUCUACUAGUCAGGGGACUAAGGGAUGGAAAGUAUCUGGAGGGGUACCUGGUCCCUGAAGAGCAAGAGCGACCCUGAGGGUGUUUUGUCUCCACUCCCUGGGACUACUCUGUUGGAUAUACGUGGAGAUUUUCUGAAUAUCCUGCCCAGAGCACCCCAGCAAUGGCCAUCCCUAGGAAUAAAAGAAGUACCCUAGAACAACACAUCUAUAAUGGAUGACUUGUCUCUGCUUGCACAUCCCCAGUAAAGGAGAGCUUCCUUCCUCCCUAGGUAGCUAAUUCUUUAAAAAAAAAAAUUUUUUUUUAAAGAUUUGUUUGUUUAUUUGAAAGGCAGAGUUACAGAGAGAGAGAGGGGGAGACACAGAAAAAAGAUCUUCCAUCCACUGGUUCAUUCCCCAAAAGGCUGCAACAGCUGGGGCUAGGCAGGCCAAAACCAGGAGCUAGGAACUCCAUCUGGUUCUCCCACAUGGAUGGUGGGGACCCAAGCACUUGGGCCAUCUUCUGCUGUCUCCCCAGGCAUGUUAGCUGGGAGUUGGAUCAGAAGUAGAGCACCGGGACUUGAACUGGUGUUCAUAUGGGAUGCCAGCGACAGAGGCACUGGUUUAACCCACUGUGCCACAACACUGGCCCCCAGCAGGCUCUUUCUUAUAGUGAGUAUAUAUUUUAUUUCUGGUGAAUCGCUCUCUGCUCUGGUUCUGCUUUUUUAUUUUUUUUGACAGAGUUACAGAGAGAGAGAGAGAGACAGAGAGAAAGGUCUUCCUUCAGUUGGUUCACCUCCCAAAUGGCUGCAACGGCCGGCGCUUCGCCGAUCCGAAGCUAGGAGCCAGGUGCUUCCUCCUAGUCUCCCAUGCGGGUACAGGGGCCCAAGCACUUGGGCCAUCCUCCACUGCCCUCCUGGGCCACAGCAGAGAGCUGGACUGGAAGAAGAGCAACCUGGACUAGAACCUGGCGCCCAUAUGGGAUGCCUAUGCUGCAGGCAGAGGAUUAACCAAGUGAGCCAUGGUGCCGGGCCCCUCGUUCUGCUUUGAUAGCCAUAGAACAACUCUCUUUUCCUGGGUUCAAGCCAACCCUCUAGAGACAAGAAGGCAGUGAAAGGGAUCCCUGAGUCUGUGUUACUAAGUAGCAUAGCUCCAGUCUCUUCUUGCAGCCCUCAUGGGACAUGGUCUCCAGGCUCCUCCCCAUCCUGAAUGUGCCCUUGGACUUGACCCGGUCGGUCACUCCUUUCUCUGUUCUGCACCCUAAUCUGCUGGCAGGUAGGCCUCUGUGUAUGCAGACUGGAUGCUGAUACUUUAUACAAGGCUUGUCUACAUCUCUUUUGGAUUGAUUGUGCUUUCACAGGAUUAGCCAGUUCUUUAAUAGGCCUAACAGACAUAUUCAGCCCAGCUUCCACAAAAAAGGGCCAGAUCCCAUUCUGCUCUCCCCUUCUCCCUCCCAAGAGAAGUACCUGUAUUCCUGGACACAGUCCUCCAUAAGAUCCCCAUACCCCUCCCCCUCUCCUGGCAAGGAAGCUGCUGUGGGCUGACCUCAGCCACUAUCACUUCUUACCUUUGCAGAGUGUUCUGGGACUUGUGACAUGGCCUUGUUGGUCCUAGGAAGGCCUUGUGCCUGGGCAGGCGUGGAGAACCGGGCUGUGUGGGCGGAAGGCAGGCUCUGAGGAGCUGGGGGUGGGACCCUCCAGUCUGAGAACAGUCUCAUUGUGGCUGGAGUCCUCAACCCAAGCUCCAGAUUCUUCCGCACCCAGUGUGAGUGUUGCUUGGUAAGCCCCCCAACCCCUGGCACAGCGCUGGACUAGUGGACUAGGGUGGGGAGUGGAGGCAUUUUUAGUGGAUGCAAGUAUGAGCCCCAAGGGGAGAUUUGGUACUAGGUCUUUAAUAGAAAGCCGUCUCUGGCUGCCCCACAGUGCCCCAGAAGGAAGUCCAGUUUGGGGCUUAAGGUGGGUAGCAGUAGGUGGAAGUUCCUCUGCCAAGAGGGAGAAGGGAGUGGAAGAAGCCCAGCUCCCUAGGCCUGGGUCUGACCUGGACAGAGGCUUCCUGGAUCUGGCUCAGCACAGCAGGCUCAAGCUGAGUGGAGAAGGUUCCCGUGUCCCUAGGGAUCCCCCAAACCUUGAAUUGGGUGACAAGUUCUCAGAGAGGAAGGAAGUAGGGGUCUGGGCCUCCACAGGCACCUUGAUAUUUUAGGAUCAGGACACCGCUGGCCUGAGACUUGGAUCAUUCAGAGCCUGGGGGCGGGAUGGCUGGCAGCCUGUGGUCCUACUGAAACAGGUUCUAAGACACUCCCACUGUCCCUAGUUGUACUUGGGUGAGGAGGAGGAAUGUGGUUAGACAAGGUCAGUGGGAGGGCUUUGGUCAGUUUGAGCCAAGGGUCCUUUGUUUAGAUUGUCUUCAGGUCCUUGACCUGAAGAAAGCCUUGGUCUUCCUGUUUGGUCUGGCUUUACUUCCAUGCCUCAGUCUCCCAUUCUGUGGAAUGGGAAUGAUAAUAACCUUUAUACCUUUGAUCCUGAGUGACUGUGAGGGUCAUCAGAGAGAGGUGGGUGGUCAGAGCUGCCAAGUCCAGGCCACUGGGCUCUUCAAGAGGUAGACCUAGGGUAUCAGCGUGCCCAGGGGAUUCCUAGACGCUGACCCUGCCUGGCCCUCCUGCUCAAGUACCAUCUCUCCCUCUGCUGUUUCUCUGCUGUACUGUCUUCCUUUCCCCAUUCUGUGCUGCCUCCUCUUCAGAUUCACUGGAAAAGGCUCCACUUUUCCAAGCCCAGGUAUCCCAGCAGGCCCCAAGUUGUGUCCCUUGCCCUGCUUGGACCACUACCUACAGGAUGUUCUCUGCGACCUCCCAGCCCUUGGACCCCGAUGGGACCGUGUUCCGGCUCCGCUUCUCGGCCGUGCUCUGGUGGAUCAUCACUUUCCCCAUGUUCGGCUUCUUCUUCUGCAUUAUCUGGUCCCUGGUGUUCCACUUUGAGUACACGGUGGCCACUGACUGUGGGGUGCCCAAUUACCUGCCGUCCGUGAGCUCGGCCAUCGGCGGGGAGGUGCCCCAGCGCUAUGUGUGGCGCUUCUGCAUCGGCCUGCACUCAGCACCUCGCUUCUUGGUGGCCUUCGUCUACUGGAACCACUACCUCAGCUGCGCCUCCCCGUGUCCCGUCUACCGCCCACUCUGCCGCCUCAACUUCGGCCUCAAUGUUGUGGAGAACCUCGCGCUGCUUGCACUCACCUACGUCUCCUCCUCCGAGGACUUCACUGUGCAUGAGAAUGCUUUCAUUGUGUUCAUCGCUGCCUCCCUCGGUCACAUGCUGCUCACCUGCAUUCUCUGGCGGCUGACCAAGAAGCACACAGACCGCAAGUCCUACAGCUGGAAGCAGCGGCUCUUCAUCAUCAACUUCAUCUCCUUCUUCUCGGCCCUGGCUGUCUACUUUCGGCAUAACAUGUACUGUGAGGCUGGAGUGUACACCAUCUUUGCCAUCCUGGAAUACACUGUUGUCCUAACCAACAUGGCGUUCCACAUGACAGCCUGGUGGGACUUCGGGAACAAGGAGCUGCUCAUAACCUCUCAGCCUGAGGAAAAGCGAUUCUGAACCCUUCUCUUGCUGUGAAGGAGACGGCCUGCUGCCGAGAAACAAGAUACCACUCUGGCCUUCCUCCCCUCCCCACUGUGUCCUCUCUGGGUCCUGCUAAAGCUGGGGGAGUGCAGGGAGGAGAAGGGCAUAGGAGAAGGCUGACCCCAGUGCUGCUGGCUGCUUCUCCUGGCCUGGGCACAGAAGCCUUCAAGCAACACAGUCCUCACCUGUGAGGUCGCAGGAAGCCGAGCUGGCAGCAGAGCCAGCAUCAUUUGGUGCUAAAAAAGUCCUGAGGUUCAUGAGCACCAUCCGGUUUUUGGCCUUUAUGUAGCCAGCAUCUGCUGAGGUCAGGGACCACUGAGAAGUGGCUGCUACAUGUAACCCACAACCACUUCUCACCAUGGGUUGGUUCACGUGACUAACAUGUCUAAUGAUCUACCAUGUACAUCCAGGCCUGCCUUCACCUCUGACUUGGUGUGCACCCACAUGCCCUGCCCUUUCUGAGCCUCGGUGUGUCCAAGUGUGCGACGGUGGUGAGGGAGUGUGUAGCUGGGGGCUGGGGAAGACUGUGUGCUGUGUCCAAGGGCCUUGCUGGUGUGGUUCUCACAUCAUCCGAUGGAGGUGGUCUGUACCUGAAGGAUGACCUGUCCAGAGGAAGUGCCAGCACAGCAUGUUUCCUGUCCAUUAUGAAAUCUCCAGCUUACAGACCCUCCCUCCUUUGCAAUGGUAAGGAGUAGAAGGGUCAGAGUCCACAGGGCCCUACCCUAAAAUGGGCUACCCACUGGCCUCCAUCUUCCCACUGCUCCAGAUCCUGAGGUCCUUGCAUUGUACAUUUUAUUCCAAAGGAAAAUAAAUUUUUUUUUUUUUGGCCAACAAUCUGGCUUAGGCU